AUGGGCAUCCAAGCUAAUCCAGCGAAGGAGGCCGCUCGCCGUUCAGCUGCACUGCAACAACGAGUGAUGGACGCCAUGUCGGAGGGGAAUAUUGAUGAGGUCCCACCACCAUCAGUGGUUUCGUGGAACAAUCAUGGAGAAGCGGGUGCGAGGAAUAAAAACGAGGACACAGUUAUUGAAGAAGUUCAAAACAAGUCUCAAGAAGAGAAUCUUCUGGGGAAGGACCAACGGAGGAAUUGGGUACUGGCGAGCACGUGGAUAAAGCGGCGCUGCGUGAUUUUCUCCGUUCCACUCACUGGGGCGAGCUGA